GACUGACAGCCUCCUCUCUUGCUCUGUGUUCCAGGGUGCAGCAGAUCCAGUUGCUGGGCCGGGACAUGAAGGGGCCGGCCCACGACAAGCUGUGGAACCAGCUGGAGGCGGAGAUCCACCUGCACCGCCACAAGACCGUCAUCCGUGCCUGCAGGGGGCGCAACGACCCCAAGAAACCCCUGCACUCUCCUGUGGGGCAUAAUCCAAACAUGUUGAAGAAGACUCAGGGGGUGGGCCCCAUCAGGAAGGUGGUGCUGGCCAAAGACGACCAUGAGGGGCUCGGGAUCUCCAUCACAGUAAGAACUCACCGCUGUCAUCCUUCUUCUUGAAUACGGCUCUGACCGAG